AUGGCGGUUUCUGGAUGGAAGGUGCCUCCCAUGACGCGGUUGCUAUUGGUGGAAGCUCUGGCUACCAAGUUUUUCGGGACAUGCGGUGCGAGCUGUGGUUCUAGCACUGUCAAGCCUGCACUUGUAUACUUCCCCAACGGCACUUAUCUUGUUUCCAAAUCCAUUAUUGGAUACUACAAUACUCAACUCGUCGGCAACCUCAAGGGCCUCCCGAUAAUCGGAGCAGCAAGCUCGUUUAUCGGGCUCGGCGCCACAUCAUCCAAUGUUUAUAUAGAAGGGCAAGGCGGCGGACGGCUUUGGGGCAGUGACGCGAGCGGCCUCACCUAUAGCGAGGAUGCCGGGUCCUUCGGUGGUGAGGAUCGAAAUCGGGUGGUUAUUAUUUCAACCGCUCGAGAUGGACCUCAAGGGUAG